AUGGAGCCUAGAGGAACUCAGACUCUCGCGCCGACGAAUGAUUUUGCUAGUAACUUCAUUCGCAAUGGGGCCACUAUCUACUUGCAAGGACUGUUGCUCCACGGUGGGUAUUAA